AUGCAGCUCUUUGCAUUCUGCCAACGAAUCUUUUUCACCUUUGAUGGCAGAACAUACGAACAAAUCAAAGGAACACCCAUGGGUUCACCAAUAUCCAGCCUAGUUGCGGCAUUGGUCCUACAAGAGCUGGAAAAGGUUGCUUUCAGCCAUUACAAACCUGCGUUUUGGCGCCGAUACGUGGACGAUACAUUCGUCAUUAUUGAAAAGGACAAGCUAUCGGGUUUCCAAGACUUACUUAACAGUAUAUUCCCCGACAUUCAGUUUACAAGAGAAGACGAGGAGGACGAGAAUCUACCCUUCCUGGACGUGCUCGUCACGCGCACAACUGACGGUGAACUCAGCACUACAGUGUACAGAAAGGCGACCAAUACAACCCAGGUCCUCAACUAUCAUAGCAACCACCCAUUGGUGCACAAACGGGGCUGCGUGAGGGCGCUUUUCGACCGGGUAAAAAAGCACUGUAGCGAGCCCGAAGGAAGGAUGCAUCUACGGGACCAAUUAACAAAGAACGGCUACCCAAAUAGUUUUAUCAGUCGCUGCAUACGCGCACACCCACGCCGGACAAACGGAAGAGAGACACCAACAAUCUGGCACUCCCUACCGUACAUAAAGAAUGUGUCCGAGGCUACAGAACUCAUCGCGUCAGAGCUAGGCGUGGGCAUCGCUCAUCAUCCGGCGGCCACCAUGCGUAGCAGGAUCAUGAAAAUGAAGGAUCGGCUGGACGCAGGUGAACAGUCGGGAGUAGUCUAUCGAAUCCUCUGCCAAAACUGUCCUUGCCACUACACAGGCCAGACAGGACGACGUCUGAGCUCACGAAUACUUGAGCACAAACGGGCCGUUCGGAGAGGCGACCCACUGUCUCAAGUAGCCGCUCACACGCUCGAGGAAGGGCAUGAGUUCGACUUCGCCAACACGCGGAUAUUGGCGCGAGCCGGCAACAAGACAGGGCGAGAGCUGUUGGAGGCGUGGGUGUCGGACACCAACUCCAUCAACAGACACAUCGAUUUGCCUGCGUGUUAUCACGCGCUCCGCCCACGCAGCCAGGUGGCACAGCUCACACCGUCGCGAAGUACAAACGGCGUCACCACGCCGGGGGAACAUCGUGGACCAGGCGGCACAGACCCCACCUAG